GGGAGCGCUGGGCAGGCUGGCGCUGUGAGGUCGCGGCGCUCCCGCCUAGGGGCACCUGGUGACCUCAGCAGGCACAGGCCUGGAGCGUCCCAGACGUAUUCCCGUGGCUAUAAAGGGUGGGGGUUUGUGCCCCCUCGGUGGUGUGAACCCUUGGUGGUGAGGCGCACAGCAGAAAAAAGGCCUAAGGAGAGGAAGCCCGCGGUGGCAUGGAAGGCCCCCAAGAGCAGGAGAAGGGAGUGGGCUGAGCUGAGCAGGGGAACUAGCUCGAGGGGUCCGCCAGUCCACCAGCUCCUCGCUGAGCCACCAGUGUCCGCCAGGGUGCUGCAGGCCUGUUAGGGAACAAAACAGCCAAACUCCCCCCACGAUGGGUCCAGUUCUAGUGGCACCACACCAACAAUAAACAGCAAACAUUUUAAAUUCGGAAUUAUAGAGUGUGUUAAAUGGUGGUCAGUGCCAUGGGGAAAACAGAGCAGAGGAAAGAAGGUGAGGAGUUGGGUCGCGAGUUUAUGUAGUUGGGUGGUGAGGUUUCUGAAGAACCUGAAGGAAACGACAGAGUAUUCCACAGAGAGGAAACAACCAGUGCAAAGGCCCUGAGGUAUGAGUGGCGGCAUGGUGUGUGGGAGGGACCGCUCAGAAGACAGUGUGGCAGGAGUAGGGAGCAAACGGGUGGGAGGAGGGGAAGGCCAGGUCAGAAAGAGCCAUGUGGGUAAAACGGACACCCCAGGGAGGGCCGUGAGCAGAGAAGGACAGAAUCCCACUAGGAGGUAGCCAUCCCUAGGACCAGUUCAGCCUAUGUCCCCCACACCCCAGGGCAAGGGAGACAUCCGUUGCGAGGGUGAGGCUCAGAGGGCUUUGCUGGGUCAGGCACCGUGGAGGCCCUGGGCUGACCUGUGGCCUCCGUAGGGCCCCGGGUCCUCAGGCCUUUCCACCAGGUGGGCGGCGAGUGAUGCAGUCCCAGGGGAAGACCGUCGGAGCAAGUAGGAGGCGGCUGGGGUCUUAAAUUGCCAGACCUCAGAGGAAGUUUCACCGGGCGGCCGGGGCGGGGAGGGAGAAGCCUGACUGCAGAGACUCUGCGUCACUCCUUGCCGGUGAAACAGCCCCAACUCUUGACCCUGCCUGCACGGGAUUGCUGACCGCCUUUCCCGUUGUUUGUUUGUUUGCUGUUUUCUUUUUCUGGGGAAACAGCCCCAUCUCGUGGUCUUCUGUAAGCAUCAGCACUGAAGUCCACUGGCCGCCUCUCCCCUUCCUGAGCCAUGAUGCGUUUCAGUUGGCAGCCCAGAGCCUUUCCUCCCCCAGGGGGGCAGCCCCACAUCCUCGGCUUUACUUGGCCCAGUCAGCAAGCAUGGUGGGAUUCUGCUACCCUCCUAACCCAGGCUGACUGGGCCUUCCUGGCUUCGGGGCACUGCUGCCUGAUGGACCGUCACCUGUCUGCCUAGUGUCGGGUUGCCAGGAGACCUGAGCUUCGGGGCCUGGAAUCAUCCUUCAGCCUCUCCUUUGCCCCGGUCGCCCACCAGGGUCUUAGGAGAGGCCCCUCUCCAGUUCCACAGUCUCCGAUUCUUCCUUAGGCAUAUGCCCCAUUCCUGCCUGGGCGUUCCUCAGGAUCAGGGUCUGUGAGAAGAACUUCCCAUAUCUCUCUUUGCAGGCUUGAGGGUAUGGGAGACUAGGUCUCAUGGAUGGACACUUGGGUGUGACCACUGCACAUGACUGGCCCCCCUGAUGCACCUUGUGGCGUCGAAUUUCAGUGUCAGGCUUUGUCUGCAGGCUAACCCUGUCCAUAGUGUGUUUUCCUCAGGAAGUCACAGCUCAACAAUCUCUUCUCUCCUGGGAGCUUCGAAGGGACCCCAGCAAGGUGCGGGAGGUGGCUUUCGAUUUGCAUAUUUUCCAAAAUGGCUCAUGACCCAGCAGGACAGUCAUGAGAGAAACCCUUUCCAGGAAGCCAGCGCUCCCAGCGCCCUCCCCCUCAGCCGCUGGCCCUCACUGAUCUGCUCUCUGACCCUCCGGAUUUACCUGUGCUGGAGAUGUCACACACUUCUUCGCACCCCUGCGAUGGCAGCCGUUCUCUUGAAGGCCGGACCCAAGGUGCCAGUGUCUUUUGAAGAUGUGUCCGUGUACUUCACCAAGACAGAAUGGAAGCUUCUGGAUGUCCAACAAAGGAUCCUCUACAAGACAGUGAUGCUGGAAAACUAUCAUCAUUUGGUGUCCCUGGGAUUUUUAUCCACCAAGCCUCACCUGGUGUCCUGGCUGGAACAAGGGGAGGGGCCCUGGACAACAGACAUCUGGAGAACACCGGCCACCGCGGGGACGCAGACAGGAGGCGGGAUACAGACUGGGACGUCGGUUUCCGCACAGAAGCGUGAUCCCGAAGAACUCCCGGGUCCCGAUCGUCGGGCUGGUGACGAUCGCCCGGUGGCCUGGCCGCCAGGGGACGCGCCGGAGCAGGGAGUGAGACGGGCUCCCUCUCCGCAGACGGGGUCCAGCAGGGGUGACCCUCCCCGGGAGAAAGGUCCCGGCAGCCCGUCUGGGGCGGCGGGAGAGACGCGGCUGAGGAGCAGCCCCCGCGUCGGGCAGGAGAGGGUUCCCGGGCGGCAGGGAGCGCGCGGCGCCGAGAAGCGCUACGUGUGCCAGCAGUGCGGCCGCGCGUUCAGCCGCAGCUCCAACCUCAUCAAGCACCGGGUCAUCCACAGCGGCGAGAAGCCGUACGCGUGCGGCGAGUGCGGGAAGCUCUUCCGGCGGAGCUUCGCGCUGCUGGAGCACCGGCGCACGCACAGCGGCGAGCGGCCGUACGCGUGCGGGGACUGCGGCAAGGCCUUCACGCGCAGCUCCAACCUCAUCAAGCACCAGGUCAUCCACAGCGGCGAGAAGCCGUACGCGUGCCCCGAGUGCGGGAAGCCGUUCCGGCGCCGCUUCGCGCUGCUGGAGCACCGGCGCACGCACAGCGGCGAGCGGCCGUACGCGUGCGGGGACUGCGGCAAGGCCUUCCGCCGCAGCUCCAACCUCAUCGAGCACCAGCGCACGCACCGCGGCGACAAGCCGUACGCGUGCGGCCAGUGCGCCAAGGCCUUCAAGGGUGUGUCACAGCUCAUCCACCACCAGCGCAGCCACAGCGGCGACAGGCCUUUCACGUGCAAGCAGUGCGGCAAGGCCUUCCGCGGCUGCUCGGGGCUCAGCCAGCACCAGCGCGCGCACAGCGGAGAGCGGCCCUACGCGUGCCCCGACUGCGGCCGCGCGUUCAGCCGCCGAGCCAACCUCUGCAAGCACCGGGCGCUGCACCGCCGGGACCGGCCCUACGCGUGUCCGCGCUGUGGGCGGCGCCCCCCGGAGCCCCGGGCCGCGCAGGGGGCCGAGCCGCGGCGGCCCCGCGCCGGGAACGGCCGUUGCGCCGAGUGCGGCCAAGCCCUCCGGGCCCCGCGGCGGCCGGGCCGGCCCCAGAAGCCCCGCGGCGGGAGGAGGCCCGCGGGGAGGAGCGACGGCGGGGCGGAGGGCGAGGCGGCCCCGGGCGACGCGGGCUGUGCGGCGGCCCCCCGCGCGGUGUGACACGACCGGGCUUCGAAACGGGGCGCCUGGUGCUCCUCUCAGCCCGACGACGGUGCCUGCGGGCGCUGCAGCGCGUGCUCCCAGGCCCGCGGGCCUCAGGACCCCUGUGGCGGCGGCGGGGGGGGGCGGGGGCCACCCUGUGACGAGAGCCCCUGUCCCCGCCGCCCGCCGCCCGCACCCGCGCCUUGGGUUCCUCUUGCGAGACCGUGGGCUUCAGCCCCAGACUGCUUAGUGUUUCCGGGUAGAAGCACUCCGAGCACUUUAAUCCUUUAAGCGCCUGUCCGCGGAGGGGACUUGAGGGAACUCUGCGACUGGACUGUGGCUGGACUGUGUGACGUCACCGCAGACUCAUCAGUUCAGAAAUUGUCUGGAAAUGGAUUUGGGCAAACACGUUCGUGGCCUGCCCCAGCCGGCUUGUCCCGCCGCAGGAAGUGAUGUCUCUGAGCCUGCCGCUCGAGAGAAGGAACAGGACAUCCCGCUAGCACGCUGAGCAGGGACCCCUUUCUUUCCCGGGCCACUUGUCCUUGUGCCUGAGAGCCACAGCCGCCCACGGGUGCCUCCGGCUGCUUCUCCGAGGAGCCGCAGCGUCCAGCUCGCAUCUUCCCAGAGGCCUGGGGCGGGGCUGCGUAUGGGAGACACUCUGAUCUCUCACUGGACGGGGCUCCGGGCAAGGCGUGUCUUCCCUGUCCACCAGGCUCACCCUCCUCACUGCCUUCUGCUCCCCCAGACCCCACCAGCGAAGACCACCCCGGGCUCUCCGCCCCUCCUCCCCACCCUCAGUGCCUAGAGCUUCCCACAGCGCUGCGCUCUGCCAAGGCAAGGUCCUGCGGGAAGGCAACAAGCUGGGUUAGGGAUUCGCACAGAGCGGCCGGCAGUGGCUCUCUCGUUGGAUCUGCCUUUCAUAGGACAUUUCUUAUAAUACUGAAGAUUCAGCUGCUUUAAAUAUUUUCGCAUUCAGGAGUAAUGUAAGUUAAAGAUAGAGAUAUUUGCCUCAUGAGAGAGUUAGAAAAUCGCUCCUUAAAUAAGACUCCCCCACCCUGUGAGAAGACCUCGGAGGAGAGAAAACCCGGACCCUCCUCUCUCCCUCCUCCUCAGCCCCACGGAGGCAGGGCGGCUGGCAGUGUCCUCACUGGCCGGCCACCUCCUUCCGGCCCUCUUCACUGCCAGGCUCUCCGGCGGGCAAGUGGUAGGUCCCCACUGGGCCUCCGAGGAGCCUGGGCGCCUACCCUGCCACACAGGAGAGGUUCGACUGGACAUCAGGACAGUGAGGAAAAACCUGGAGAUGCAGAAUUCCUUCCGAGCAGGCAUCUUGGAGCUCUGAUCACUAAGAUGACCCCAAAAAAGAGAGAUACAGGUAGACAGAAACAAAGACAUAGAGAAGUUUGAUCUAGCUAUAUCAAAAAGAGUUUGAUACUAUUUAUGGAAAGUUCUAGAGUUCUUAUAUCUUGCUUUUAUCUCAUAGCCCUUUACUGGGUCUGUGUCCCCUUGUCCUUUGUCUUCUUUGUGUCACGUUCAUGUUUGCUAGCACUUCAGAAACAUGUGAAAUGAAUAUGGCCCCCUUAGCACUUUACCUCCAGCCCCAUCUGAGGGGGUCAAAUGGAUCUGCAUCUUGAGGUUCUCCAAGGGAAAAAGAAGUAUCAGCAACAGUGUCUUUGAAGUCCAUGGACAGGUCAUUGGGAAGCAUGUGUUUCCCUGAGGCACAGACGAUCUUUGAAGGCAGGCAAGGGGUCAGGAAACCAGUCCCCGUGCAGAGCAAGGAACAGAGGCAGGAGGCCACGCACGUGGACUCCACUCUCAUUCGGUUCAACCGUGGCCUGGCCAAGAUUGGGACGACAACCACCACGUGAGGGGAACCAGACAGAGACCAGAUCCAUGGGCUCCCGUGUUCGUUUCCAUCGCUCUCGUAAGUGAACAGCAUGUGAUGUCAUCCCAUCUGUCCCGCCGGACAAGCCGACUUCACUUCUCCCGUGAACUCCUUUUCUCAUGGGACCCAUACCCAAAGGUGACUGGCUACAGGGGGUGAUGUACAGGUGUUUUCAGCAGAGGGUGCUGGACAUUUGUGCUCUGAUUUUGGAGCACCCGAAAGGUUCCAGGGUCCCCAAACACUUACCCAGAUAAAUGACAUUUAAAAUAGCAGUGCAUCUUUUUGUCAGUUCUCUGUCUAAUUUUGCUUGUCUUCAUGACAUUUUCACUGCAGUGUGAUUAUGAGUGUCAUUUUCUCUCCUGUGUGGAAUAAAAGCCAGACCACUUGCUCUCUGACACCUUGGAUCCUUUGCAAGAGCUGUUUAAAGGCCAUGGCUCCACCCCCAUGUAACUGGGGGUUACAUGUCCUGACUGAAUUCAUUUACUUUAGGGGCAAACAAAUAAGGAGGCUCUAAGGUGCUAGCCUUGAACAGAGCCCUCUCGUGCUUUAAAGUGAGCAGAUAGCAGUUGGGUUAAAGGUACCAGGAAAGACUCUGAGUGUGGAACUCGGGGGCGAGCCGAGAGACUAUGUUUGCAUGAGGGUAAGGCAGAAACCUUGGAGGGCGACACACCUGGGAAUCAAGGGAAGCCAUCCGAGACCGGUGGGACACCGUGACUCGGAGACCAGGAACGGCAGAGAGGCACAGCAGCACCAUGAGAAACGCAGCUGUGUGUUCCCUCCAGUUGCCUUUGUAUCUUUGGGCAACAUGGCAGCACCCACACGCCCUCCGGUGUGGGCCCGUGCAGCCCCGCGUGGGUCUGGACACAAGACGGCUCCGCCUUCACCCUUCUGGCUGGCGCUCGGGCAUCACAGGCGCCGCAGGAUUGCCUCCUCCACAGACGACUCUCCGACUCCCCAGGAACGGCUCAGGACCUUCAUGCCUUUGCCCAGCCUGAGGGACACAGCCGGCCCUCCGCCGGGGUGCUGACUGUGUGUCUUGCUAGGUAGCAGAGGUGACGACUGCGGUCCUGAGGCCAGAGCAGGGGUGAGUAUCAGGGUGGUAGAGGUCAAGGGACUUCGGGCAGAAUGGAGGGAAGAAGGGGGAGCCCACGUGUGGUCAGGAGCCCUGGAAGAGCAGAGGGGUUCCUACAGGAUGGUUGUGGGGUCCCUGGGAGCACAACGCAGGAAAGCCUGGGAUGCUGGAUGGAGAAUUUUGGUCUCUGGUUCCUGAUGAGGAGCAAGUUUUUGUUAGCAUGAAAGAAUUAUUCUCAGAUGGAGGAGGGGAAGUUCACAUACAUUAUAACACCAUCAUCAGCCAGACGGUUCUGAUGUCCAUUACGUGCGGAGCCAUGACGGUCUGGUGCAAGCAGCCACAGCUGACAUUCUCAGGCGUCCCAUUU